CUCUAAUGCGUAUAUGUGCCACAUGAGAAUUUUAUAUAAUGUAAUUUGAUCAUAUUCAUCCCCUCUCCCAAUUCCUCCCAGUCCUGUGCCCCACUUCCCUAAUACUCCUCUCUGUGUCUUCUUCUCCCACCCUAAACCUGUCAAGUUAAAUUUGUGCUGCCCAUGUACUCCUGGGUGUGUGGCCAUUCACUGCAGCAGGUUGAUCUAACAGCAGAGUAUCUGUCUGUUGGAGAAGAAGAUAACGAGGAGGAAAAGAAAAACAAUAGGUAGUGGAGGAGGAGAAGAGAAUGAAAGAGAAAAACAAGAAGGAAAAGGAGGCAAGGUGGAGAAGGAAGAAGAUUUGCUAAGAAAUGGGAGUGAAAUCUGUCUAUGGUUAUAAGGAUGAGUAUUUACAAUACAGAUAGAAAUUACAUUGGUUUAUAAAAUUGAUAGUAGAAAGUUCUCCUCCAAGGAUAAAAAAAAAAAAAAACCUUGAGGGGUGGGGGGAAGGAGCGCACGGCGUGCUGGCGCCCUCUGCCUCGUCCACCGCUGCCACCUCCUUCUUCUGCCGCUCCUGGUGCUGCCUGUGUGCUCUUUCAGUGCAGACCUGGUGCCUCUUUUGUGAAGCGACAGCUGAGGAGACUCCGGCGUUCACCAUGGCUGACCAGAAACCCAAGGAAGAAGUCAAGACGGAGAACAACGACCAUAUUAAUUUGAAGGUGGCAGGGCAGGAUGGUUCUGUGGUGCCGUUUAAAAUUAAGAGGCAUACACCACUUAGUAAACUAAUGAAAGCCUAUUGUGAACGACAGGAUUUGUCAAUGAGGCAGAUCAGAUUCCGGUUUGAUGGGCAGCCAAUCAAUGAAACAGACACACCUGCACAGUUGGAAAUAGAGGAUGAAGAUACGGUUGAUGUGUUCCAGCAGCAGACAGGAGGUGUCUACUAAAAAGGGAACCUACUGCUUUAUUCCAGAAUUUUGUUAUAGGCCAAGAAUACAUUCGCAAUUAGAAAGCCACAAUUUGGUUCCACCACAUCCUGACUACUAUAGAGUAGUUUUCUGUAUUCUUUCAUUUUCCCUGUGCCCAUUUCUUUAUUGCACAUAAAGUAACUGGUGUAUGUGCACAGGCAUAUUGCACUUUUUUCUUUUUUCUUUUUCUUCUUUUUAAAACUCAAUGGCCAAUGUUCUGUUUUGAUUGACAGCAGAUGGAGGUGGUCCGGGGGAAAGUAUGGUUCUGUGAAAAUACCCUCUGCUCCA